AUGACUUGGCUUAUACUCUUCGGCCUCUUCACAGGGCGGUCUGUUGUACUCGACACUGCGACCAAGACAGAGGUUGCUUAUCCCUUCGUUGGUGCUACGUUCGCUGCUGGCAUCGUAGCGGGCCUCCUAGGCAUCGGAGGCGGUAUGAUGUUAGGGCCCCUCAUGCUCAAUCUCGGAGUACUCCCUCAGGCAAAUUUGCACAGCGACAACAGCAACUCUGAUUUUGUUCACUUCCUCAUCAGCGGCAUUGGCCUUCAUUAUGGCAGGACUCGUCCCAUGGAACUACGCUCAGCGUUUAUUGGCACUCUGGUUUGUCAGACUAUAAUCGACUCUAUUGUGAAGCAGCAUGGUCUAACGUCUCUACUAGUUCUCCUUCUAGCAACGAUGAUUGCCUUCGCUGCAAUCAUGGUCACCGUGGCCGGCCUUAUUAAGUACUUAUAA